AUGCAGGAAGCUCAGAGGUCCUACCCGGAGCGUGGCUUCGAGACAGCUCCUACGAACUACCACGCCAGUGACGACAUUUCCUCCGAGAGCAAGAAGAGCGACCCCGAGCUCAACAUGCCUCUUGACAAGACUGCCACGGUCCAGGAGGGCUCUGAGCGAUUCAACCGCCUGGGAUGGAAGCGUCUCACCAUCUGCUUGAUUGUCGAAGCCAUUGCCCUUGGCUCCCUCAGUAUCCCCAGCGCGUUCGCGAAGCUAGGUAUGGUCGCCGGUGUCAUCAUGUGCCUUGGUCUUGGCUUAAUUGCCAUCUAUACGUCAUACGUCGUCGGUCAGGUCAAGAUGCGGUACCCGCACGUCAAUCAUUACUCAGACGCUGUGCAGCUCAUCUGGGGUCGCUUCGGAUACGAACUGGUCGGUGUCAUGUUCGCGCUAUUCUUAAUCCUGCUUGUCGGAUCCCACGCUCUGACCGGCACGAUUGCGUUCAUCAACAUCAUCGGCAACUACCAAAUCUGCGCGCUGGCCUGGAGCGUGGUCUCUCUGAUCAUUCUACUGCUCCUCGCUCUUCCUCCUUCCUUUGCCGAAUUCGCUAUCCUCGGGUACAUUGAUUUCGUCAGUAUCAUCGUCGCCAUCAUGGUCACCAUCAUUGCGACUGGUGUCCAGGCGCAUAACGCACCCGGUGGUCUUGCUGCAGUUCCCUGGUCCGCAAUGCCUCCGCCUGGCACCACCUUCUACGAGGCAUUUCUGGCAACUACCAACAUCAUCUUUGCUUACUCUUUCGCUGUGUGCCAGUUCUCGUUUAUGUCUGAGAUGCAUACCCCCACCGACUACGUCAAGUCUAUCUGGGCUCUUGGUCUGAUUGAGAUCUUCAUCUACACUAUCACCGGAGCUCUCAUCUACGCCUUUGUUGGUGUUGACGUCAAGUCUCCUGCCCUCCUAUCGGCCGGCGACACCGUCUCGCGCAUCGCCUUCGGCAUCGCCCUCCCCGUCAUCUUCAUCUCCGGAUCGAUCAACGGAACUGUUGUCGGCAGGUACAUCAUGGACCGCGCGUUCCCUAACUCACCCAUCCGCUACGUUAAGGGCCUUCGUGGCUGGGCCGUCUGGAUCUGUCUAAUCACUAUCAUCACCAUCGUCGGCUGGAUCAUCGCUGAGGCAAUCCCAUUCUUCAACGCGCUCCUCGGUCUCAUCUCCUCCUUGUUCAUCUCGGGUUUCACCUUCUACUUCCCUGCGCUGUUCUGGUUCCAGCUUGUUCGCGAGGGCGGCUGCUUCUCUAGCACGAAGAAUAUCAUGCUGUCUCUUCUCAAUGGCGGUGUGUUCAUCAUGGGUAUUGUCAUCCUGGGUGCUGGUACAUACGCCUCGGUUGAGGAUAUCAUCCACCAGUACACUAGCGGUAAUGUCCGCAGCGCUUUCACCUGCUCCGCUAUAUCCUACACUUAA